UCUAAAAUAAAAAAUAAUCAAAAUGGAAACAAACAUGUGGCAAUGCACGUUGCUGUGAUGUGGUUUUCGUUCUUUAGCGGUCUGCUCCGAGUUUCUGAAAGAUGGAUGUAAACAAAGUAUAUCUGUCACAAAAUAUCAAAAAGGUUUUAUCCAAAACUGAAGAAAAAGCUGGUUAUGUAGCUGGUUGGAGUUUGGACUCGGCAAAGAUUUGUGCUGCUGUAGCUGGGUGUAGAGAGUAUUUUUUAACAGGUCUGGAAGUAAAUGGCAUUUUUUGCAUCCUGCAUAGUAUCCUGCCAUCAGAAAAUGAAUUAAUUGAUAUAUGUGAGAAGCAGUGUGAAAAACUUGAAAUUGGAAUAGAAAAUCUUAUAGUUAUUUUUGGUGUCAAAGAUGAACAGAAAGAAUUAGAAAUUACUGUGAAAUAUUAUUCUACUUACUGUAGUACUUUAAAGGAUAUAGAUGUCGAAAGCUGUGAUCCUACUAGUGCUUUGUUAUUAAGAGCUCGUGGAAUUAUUCCUUGUUACUUUGAAGUUUCAUCUGAUGAAGAUCUGCUGAGAGAGAGUAUUGAUCAAGCCCUAGAAAGAGUGAAAUCAGUUUUCCAAAAGGAGGUUGCAGCUUUUUUCUUACAGAAUGGAGAAAUUAUUCGAUCUAGUUCAACAGAUCAAACUUCAGAUGAUGGCCUAACCAUAAAAAAACUAUUGAAAUCAGUUCAGGAGGAUGAUACUUCCGGAAAAUCAAAAAUCAAGAAAGCCUCGAAAAAAAAGCUUCCAACUGAGUUUAAUAUCUUAAUUCAAGCUGGUGGAGAUGGUAUAGCGAAUACUUUUAAUCACUCUGUUGUCAUUCAUUGUCAACAGCGUGAAUUUCAGUGUGCUUCUGUACAGCUUCCCAUUGAUGUGCUUAUAGUAUGUCAAGAAUCUAGUUCCACACAAGAUGCUUAUAAGCUUUUUCUGGAAGCCAUUGGAAAUCAACUGUCUGAUAUGAACAAUUGUUUGGUCAAGUAUACUAAAAUUAGUGAUAUUGAGGCCCCCAAACCAUACCACUUUUAUCUAGAUAUGUGGGAUUUUCCUAUUACAGUAGUUUAUCCUGCUAAGAAAAGUGAUGAGGAACUAGAGACAUAUCGUAAAGAACUUCACAGGAAAUUGUUGCUUCCCAUGGACCGUCCUUUUCUGAAAAAGUUGAAUGCUUGCGACUUUUCUCUAGCCAGUAGUUCUGGACAUUUGUAUAAUCCCCACGAAGGAAUUGUAUCUUCUGGAGUGUCGGGUGGUAAAUCUUCGAUUGUCCAAGGUACAUAUAGUUACCAUCAUUAUAUGCAAGACCACAUGGAUGAUAAUGGAUGGGGAUGUGCCUAUAGGUCUCUCCAAACUAUAAUAUCAUGGUUUAGGCAUCAAGGUUAUACAGACAGAAAUGUACCUACCCAUACAGAAAUACAAAAGGCUCUUGUAGAGGUUGGUGAUAAACCAGAAUCAUUUAUUGGAUCCAAGAAAUGGAUCGGUUCUCAAGAAGUUAGUUUUUGUCUGGACCAUUUAAUAAAUGUUCAAUCAAAAAUCAUGUUCGUUAGCUCUGGGGCAGAUAUGGCUAACAAAGGCCGAGAACUCUACAAUCAUUUCCAAGACCAAGGAACUCCAGUCAUGAUUGGUGGUGGAGUAUUAGCUCAUACAAUUCUUGGAGUGGAUUUUAAUCAAGACACAGGCGAGCUCAAAUUUCUUAUUUUAGAUCCACAUUAUACAGGGAAGGAAGACCUUAACAUCAUUCUGAGCAAGGGUUGGUGUGGAUGGAAAAAUACUGCAUUUUGGGACCAAACAGCUUUUUACAAUCUAUGUUUACCACAGAGGCCAAAACAGAUAUAAAAUAUUGAUUGUUCACUGUUAAAACAACAAAAUUAUUUAUGGUUGUAAAUAUUUAAAUUUUUAUAAUAAAAAAUAUGAACAUCGAUUGAUUUACAAAGUGCUUUAUUUAUGCAGUUAUGACAUUUGGAAAUUAUGAAACGGACAUAUUAUACAAUCAAAAAUCUCUCAAUUUUUAAAAUUACUGCAUUAAAUUUGAUAGACAUUAAUGUGAGAUAAUAUAAUACAAUCACAGUAUUAGGAGAAUAAUUGAAAUAAAUUCUGAUAAAUUUCAAUUUUUAAAUACAAUUUAAUGACUUAGUCCAUUGCAAAUCACAUUAUUGGAACUAUUAGCCUUCCUGCAUCAGCUGUUGACCUUGGUGAAAAUAAAGUGUGGAAUAAAAAUGUUACAUUAAAUAGAUUAAUACUGAAAUAGUUAUUCUAUACAUUCAGUUCUUUGAAAAAGGGAGAUAUAAUCUACAUAUACUUUAUAAUCAUUGUACAAUUAACACAGCUUUCAAUGUUGCAUAAGAUGGAUACUUUUUUUAAUGCAAAUCAAUGUCUAGAAUUCAAAUCUAAAUUCAAUUUUGGUGCCGAGAAUUAUGAAAUCCUAUGUAAGAACAAAAUUAUGAGGUUUUGAGUUUCCAAACCAGCUCAAUUCAUUUUCAGGUAUUUUAAAGGAGAGGAAUUUUUUUAAAGUAUUUUUUAUGGAGGUUGACUUUAAACUAUGAUCAACAAUUAAAAUUUCUCAUCAGACAUUUUUGAAUAUAAAGAAAAAAGGUUGUGGUUCAUUAGUUUUAAUAGAAAACCUAAAUGGUAUCUGCCAAAUUUAGGAUAUAGGUUGAAAAAACUGGAAUAUUAAAUAAAAUUGGUUUUAUCGCUAUAUUUUUCAGAAAUAAAGCUCUGUUCACUAAAAAAAAUAGGGGGAACACUUCCCUUUUUUUAAACAUAACGCACGGAUAAAUGAAUAGCUGAACAAAAACAUUUUUCGUGGAUAAAUAAUCUAAAAUUAAAAAUUUGAAAGAGAUAAACUUUUUAGACAGCUAGAAAAAGUAUUUUCAAGCAAAACGAAAUGGAUUGAGCUUGUUUGUAACCUAACAUUCCAUAUAUAGAAAGCAUUUUAUUCUUUCAAAUUUUAAAUAAGCAGGAAACUGAUCACACAUAUACGUUCCUAAAAUAAGCGCACCAAGAUAUUAAAUUGCAGUCCUGUUAUAUUAGUCCACAAAACUUAUGAGAUACCUAAUUCUAUGAAUAUAAAUGUACACUAGACUAAUUUGUCAGUCGGAACAGAAGCACAUUCACCUAAGAAGUAAAACUCGAAAAAGAAAAAAAAAA